CAUAUCCACUGCUCCUGGCAGCUUCUGAUUUCUGUUACUCUAUCACACGUUUCAUGGCCCAGCCUCGUGGUAUGAUCCAAAGCGCUGAGCGGCGAUGUCCGCCAUAUAUCUUCCUUCUCUGUCGCUAUAUAUUCUACUUAGAUUGGGUCGGUGGCGGUCGCGAUCUCUGUGGGUCAGCCUAAAACUUUCCACACACUACCCUAGACCUUGAGUCACUCCUGCUUGUACUAGAGAUCAACCGUCGAAAAUUUUCUUAAGGCUUGGUGCUCCGGAUGCUUUCUCCAUUCACGACGUAGCGCUUCGAGUCUUGACUUUGUAGGGUCGAAACGGGCUUUCGCAACUACGCCUGCUGAACAACACGCGUCUCGAUCCUAGGCCUCUCGAUCACCGACCCUGUUUUACUCUGCGUCAAAGCCCUGGCAGCACUGAAAAGUAUUGCAUCUGUUUGCGAGAGAAGAAUAGGAGCCGAGUGGCUUUCAUUGUCACGUUAUAUGAAGUUCAAUUGAUGAAACAGAAUCACGCACUUAACACCUAUUCGCAGUGUAUCCUCUUGUCCGCAAAGAAGAGUCGAAUGCUAGAGGAGGACGGCAAAAAUUUCGAGUUUGCUCCUCUAUGCCUGUGCCCAAAAUGAUCAAUUGCAAUCCUAGUUGGGAUCUCGCCACCAACAUUUCAGUCUUUCGCACCUUGUCUAUAGCCCGCAUGUCCUUAAAAGUUUCUCUCGACUCGCUGGGGCCUCUGGUCGUAUUAUUCUGUUGUGGAUUCUUCUUAGGCAUCAGCUCAGCGUCUGUCCUUCUCUUCAUUUGACUGCUUCAUGUUCAGUCGUGAGUAAGACUCACUUGAAAAUUAGACCUACAAGAUUCCUGAAAAUGAUCGGCAAUUUUCAUGAUACAUCUGCCAUGGAUAUUUACGCGAAAUAUGCUAGGAAAGCAUAGGAUCUUGGAAAUUACUUCAACGCUACGAAUGAAAGCAAGUCGCGGGCUUUUAAAUGGCCCAAAUUAGUCCAAAGGUUGUAGACUUGAUUUUAGCUAAUUCUCGAGCCAGGAAAUAUUUUGCCACGGUAAGAAAGGCCAGAAAUUUGUCUACUUUGUUUUGCGCCGGAAGAUCGAGCGCGAUGUGUCCUUAUCCACCCAAGACUGUGAUACGGUUUGAAUAUCACGUGGAUAAAUUCAUCAUAUACUGGCAUUGUCAAGAACCCCCUUUCCCAUGUAUUUAGCAUAGGAUUCGAUUUUUACGGUGUGACGCUUAGCAUAUGGUGCCGAUACUCCUGUGUUACUCAACGCUGGGCAAAUGAUAAACUGACCAAAGAUGUAAAGACAUGAUCUACGGAGUAUGCAGUGUGAUUCAAUCUGCAGACGUCAGGCUUUAUGAGCCUUCGAUGUUUUCCCUGUCUAGUUCGCACAGCACAAACUGUCUAAACUCAAAGCCAAUGACACUUCGUUGGCCUGUUUCGACGAAUAUGGACUACUACAGAUCGAUCAAGUAUCAAGACUGAGUAAUACACCUAGAUACAGUACCAUGGUCAUCUACGUUGGUGUUCCAAGUUAUGAUUGUUGAGUUAAGAUCAAACUCGGCUCUAUCGUAUCAGGCGCAAUACAUUACAGGACGGUUCUCCAAGGUCUGACUGCUGACAACAUCAUUAUUCGAACCCAAGAUCACCUUCUCGCCGCACACUUGUAGCUAUCCAGCUCGGAAGGAUGUUGGAAAGACAUGAAACUUUAUGUUUGCAAUAUGGUCUCGACGUCGGAUAGUUGUCAUAAUCCAAGUUCCUCUGACAGAUGCUGUACCACUGGGCAACUUUGAUCAAAACACGCAGUUGGACGCUAGUGCCAAGCCGAGGCCAACGGACAGGGAAAACCAAGAGUCCGGUCGCACCUUGGGUUGUUGGUCCGUUAGGUAUGUAAAUUCAGAUAGACACUGCCUUUCGAGUGCCGACUCCAAAGACAAAACAUGAUACCAUUGGUCGAAACCGUGGAGGUCAUUUUCCUGCUCCGGUGGUCGCAACACACGAGAUGACUCUGCUAAAAGAUCCUUAAUUCUCAGACAUCAAGCAAUGGCUGUUCAGGUCCCGUUUCACAAUGGAAUGCUGAGGUCCCUUGAACAUAAUUAGGCUGUUCAAUAAUGAGAGACACCGAAAUUAAAGUUUUACGAGCAUGAGCUAUGAAAGGAUGCGCAGAGUCAAGCCUUCGCAGUGCCAUGCCAUCAAUGUGGCAGAAACUGAGCAAUAUAAAGAAAGCAUCUUUGCUGCACCCAGAGAACGCCAAGGUAAAACCCAUUUGACAAAACCCUGUUUGACUGAUACUACGUGAUUUUCUAUUCUUGACGGAGAAGACAUCGAAUGCUGAAGUUUUACGAUUUCAAAAUGCAUCUGCGCCAGUCUUAGCAGCUGAUAUUCAAAUCAGGGUCAGCGUCCUAAAGGUCAAGGAGAUUGGUCCUCGCACAACGUUGGCAAGCGCUCGAAAGACGCCACAAGCUGCCUACUCGUGUAGGAUUUUCAGUCCUGCCAUUUCCUUGUCUAGUUGCAUAUCUAAGCUAUCUAGACUGGACAAGCGGCGCAAUCAGAGCGAGCAAAUCGUGAGGGGUACUGGUUUCGCGACAAAUCCCAGCUCAAGGCAGCACUUUGCAGGCUAAAUGUCUCCGAACUUUAGUUCUAAUACUCUUCAACCAUGGCACGUUUGGCCCCCCCAGCGUCCCGCAUCACAGCCUUUCGACCUCAGUACGAUCAAAAAGUUACAACAUGACAGAAGCCAAAGGUGAAGGGCCGCUUUACAAGGGUUCUUGUCACUGCGGGUUUUUCACGUACGAAGCCCGCAUUGAUCUGCAAAGUCCCAAAAAGAGCUUUAAUGGUAAGCAGAUUUCGAAGUGCAAUUGCACCAUCUGCCACAAGACCGGGGCUCCAUUGAUUGCGCCCGAGGAUGGGACCUUCAAGAUCAUUUCUCCGCCCAAAGGCCGCGAGGAAUUGACAGAGUACCAUUUCAAAGAAGGCAACGUCCACCAUUGGUUCUGCCCAAAGUGCGGCAUCAAACCGUUCAUCGAGGGCAAGUUUAACUUCGGGGAUCAAUGGUUUGAAUUUCAACGUGUCAACGUGCUCACUAUCGACGAGAGGGCGGAUGGCAGUGGUAUGGACGACUUACGAGAGCUGACCAUUGGUUACUACGCAGGAAGAAGUAAUGACUGGAGUCUUCCGGUCGCGGAUGAGCCGUAUCCAGGUGGCAUCCGGUAGGACACGAGGCGAGGUGCAGAUUACAGGAUGCAUUUGCGGCAGCCUAGCUUGAUAGGAAGAUAUAGACAGACUCGGUUGGCCCCAAGGGAUGUGUCCGGGUUGCCACAAAGCCAAAAUAUUUACAGGCUUGCCAGAGUAAAGGCCUACGUGCU